UGGGGAAGGAAAAAGUCAGGCUAGUGGUGAGGGGAUGGGAAAGCCUGCACACCAGGCUGUGCGCGGUGCCCAUCUGCCUUAUUUCUUUGCCUUCUUUCAUUUGCCUGUCCUGUCAACUCUGUAAACGUUCGUAGGGAGGCUCUGAUGAAGUCUGUCGGCCACGCUGGCCCGGCAGGUGAAGCGGCUCAGGGUUUUCUUCCCCAGGCGGUCCCCACCAGGAAAGAACUGGGAGAGAUGGGGGUGAGAGGGGCUAGGAUUUUGGAGGGAAGAGUCCUGGCGCGAACGAAAGUGAAAGUCACCAACUGGUCUGGUCGAUCCAACAGCAGUUACAAUAAGGCGGGGGAUUUUUUUCAAACCCUUAUCCCCACCCCGGACCCAGGCUUACGUGGAAACAUCUAAUCAUCUUCAAGGCCAUCAUGAGCUCUAGGAAGCGUAAGUCACAGAAGAGCCCGUUCAACUGUACGAAGAAUAGGAAAAUUGUUGACUAUCUUCAGCAGGUGCCUAAAGAACAGAAUGAUACCAGUGUUCCUCAAAUGAAGGUAAAAUCCAAAAAACAUCUAAAUGAUAUAAGCAACGCCACAACUCAACAAUUCCAUUCACCUAAGAAAGUUGGAGGAGACCAGACCACACCCAAAAAGAAGACCAUUAGCUUUACCUUGGCUGUAAACCAGAGGAAAAACAAAAGCAUGAAACACGUGCUCACACACAAUGAGAAUGAUAGCUUGUAUGAGGCACUCAACACUCUUGAGGCAGUCAGGGAAGAGAUAGAAACUCGAAAAGACGGAGAAUUGCUGGUGCGUGGUACAGAAGCAAUUGAGGGCUACAUCAACCUUGGAAUGCCCCUCUGUUGUUUUCCUGACAACAGCCAUGUGGUAAUUACAUUUUCCCAAAGUAAGCUAAAAGAAGAUUGCCAAGUAUUUGGCCGGCAUGACAAGGCCUCUACUGACUGUGUCAAGUUUUGGGUUCAUGCAAUUGGGAAGAAGCAAAGAAGACUUGUUAACCGUGGAGAACUUCACAAAGAAGGCUGCAAACUCUGUGUCUAUGCUUUCAAAGGAGAAACCAUCAAGGAUGCUCUGUGCAAAGACAGCAGAUUUCUUUCCUUUCUAAAAAGUGACACUUGGAAGCUCAUUGGUAAUCUGGACUCCAUUUUUGAAAGCACACAGCCAGUUGAUGCACUAGAGGGUAAGCUCUUUCAGGUUGAGGUUAAGAAAAGAAUGGGCCCUGAGGCAAAAACCCCUCAAAAUUCUGAGUUAGAGAAAAGAAACACCUGUGUGUUGAGAAAAGAAAUUGUGGAUCAGUAUCCCUGUUUGAAAAAUGAAAGUGAAAAAAUCAGAGAAAACUUCAAGAAAAAAAUUGAAAAAAGAACAGGGAAAACAUUAUUUAAAUUGCAUAGAACAAACUUUGGUAAACUGACAAAAAACUCUACUCCAGUUACAUUAAUCAAACGUCUUUCACAGCUCAGUGACUCCGUUGGGUUCCUAUUCUAUAACAACAAUGGAAAUGAGGGUUCUGCCACCUGCUUUGUUUUUAGCGGGCUGUAUAUCUUCACUUGUCGGCAUGUAAUCAGUAACAUCGUGGGAAAUGGGAUAGAGCAAAGUAAAUGGCCGGACAUCCUUGCUCAGAGUGUAAGGGUGACAUUUUGUUAUGAAAGGUCCGAUGAGAGAGAACAGAACUGCUUUUUCAUCGAGCCUUGGUUUGAAAUAUCUGGUGUUGAUCUUGACUAUGCAGUCCUGAAACUGAAGAAAAACGAACAGGUACCUGCAGGACUGUAUAAUGGAAUUGCUCCUAUACCCCUUAGUGGUUUGAUUUAUAUCAUUGGCCAUCCAGAUGGAGAAAAAAAGUCUACUGAUGCUUGUACUGUGAUCCCUCAGGCUGAACGAGAAAAGAAAUGUCAGGAACAUAUUCAGGCUAGGAAAGCAGAAGAGUGCCGAUAUUGUCUGCCGUAUAUCCAUAUGUACACUCAGAGAAGUUUCCAGGGAAUAACUCACAAUGCAGAUGUGAUUACCUAUGAUACUUCUUUUUACUUUGGGGCUUCUGGCUCCCCAGUGUUCGAUUCCUAUGGUUCACUGGUGGCCAUGCAUACUGCUGGCUUUGCUUAUGAAUACCAAGAUGGAAUUUCCAGUAUCAUUGAGUUUGGCUCUGCUAUGAAGUCCAUCCUCCUUGAUAUUAAAACAAAUAAUAGUGAGUGGUAUGAAGAAGUAUGUGUAAAUCAGCAGGAGGUAGAAAUGGAGAGUGAUGAGGAUUGAGGAUGGGUGAGAAUUCAGUCUAUUUACUGUCAUUGCAGUGUUUAUUCCAUAGGCAAUUAAAAUGGUUUUCUAAAUUACAAAAUGGCCAGUUUCAUAAAAAUAAUAAUCAUAUUAUAUACUGAUUCUUAAGUGAAGGCAUUUUUCUAAGCACAUGAAGGUAUUAAUCCUAACAAUUCUUUGAGGUAGAUUAAGUGAAAAAUAACUUUGUAUCAACUAGAAUACAGUGAUUACGUGAUGCUUACUGUGCUUUUAGUCUUACUCCAUGCAAUCUCAGCUGCUUAGGUCAGCAACUUUUCCCUUACAUCCUGCAUUCUUUCCUUUGACCCCUAAAUGACUUUUAAUUUUUAUUUGUUUAUUUUCAUUUAUUUGAAAGAAAGAAAUUGUAUCCACUGGUUCGCUUCCCAAAUACCUGCACCAACUCCGGCUGAUUCAGGCUGAAGUCAGGAGCACAGAAUUUAAUCCGGGCUUCCCACAUGGAUGGCAGGGACAUAGUGCUUGAACUGUCACCUGGUGCCACACAGAGUGUGCAUUAGCAGGAAAGCUGGAAUUGGGAGAGACCUGGGACUUGAACUCAUGCACUCCAGUAUGUGAUUCCAGUGUCCCAAGCACUUUACCAAAUAUCCCCCGUAUAAUAUUUAGAUGUACACAUCAAGGUUCACUCUGCUGUAAAGUCAUGUGGAUCCUAACAUGUGCACAAUGUCAUGUAUCCAACCAUUAUGGUAUCACACAAGGCAGUCUCACCACCUUAAAAAUCCCCUGUGCUUCACCCACUUAUCCCUCCCCUGAACCUUUAGGCUUUUUACUUUUCCAGAAUGUCUUAUAAAUGAAAUCACAUAGUAUGUUACCAUUUCAAAGCAACUUCUUUCAUUUGGAUAAGGAACUUAUGUUCCUUCAUGUCAUGUUCUGGAUUGAUAACUCAUUUCUCAUUUUCUUUUGUCACUGAUUAAUAUUUGGUUAUAUGAUCAUAACACAAACUGUUCAAUAAUCUUUUGAAAUAUCUCUUAGCUGCUUCCAGUUUAGGUGAUUAUGAAUAAAGUUUCUAUAAACAUG